CCCUGGCCUGCCGGCGGGGGGUCCCGUGCCCGCGGCGGAGGACGGAAGCCGAGCGGGCGGGAUGGGGGACUCCAAAGUGAAGGUGGCGGUGCGGGUCCGCCCCAUGAACAGGAGAGAACUUGAUAUGCAUACAAAAUGUGUGGUGGAUGUGGACACAAACAGGAUUAUUCUUCACCCUGUGAACACCAAUCUUUCAAAAGGAGAUGCCAGGAGCCAGCCAAAAGUGUUUGCAUACGAUCACUGUUUCUGGUCUAUGGAUGAAUCUGUAAAAGAAAAAUAUGCAGGUCAAGAUGUUGUUUUCAUGUGCCUUGGAGAGAACAUUCUUCAGAAUGCCUUUGAGGGCUACAAUGCAUGUAUCUUUGCCUAUGGACAGACAGGAUCUGGAAAAUCUUACACAAUGAUGGGUACGGCCGACCAGCCUGGAUUAAUCCCAAAACUCUGCAGUGGUCUCUUUGAAAGAGCACAGAAAGAAGAAAACGAAGAACAAAGUUUCAAAGUGGAAGUGUCCUACAUGGAGAUUUACAAUGAGAAAGUUAGAGAUCUCCUUGACCCCAAAGGAAGCCGUCAGUCAUUAAAAGUCAGAGAGCACAACGUCUUUGGCCCUUACGUGGAUGGCCUUUCUAAACUGGCUGUUGCCAGCUACAAGGACAUAGAGUCUUUGAUGUCAGAGGGUAACAAAUCUCGAACAGUGGCUGCAACCAACAUGAAUGAAGAAAGCAGUCGGUCACAUGCAGUCUUCAAGAUCAUCCUCACACACACACUGUGUGAUGUACAAUCAGGGACAUCGGGUGAGAAGGUGGGCAAAUUGAGUCUGGUGGACUUGGCAGGCAGUGAAAGGGCCACUAAGACUGGAGCUGCUGGGGACAGGCUGAAGGAAGGAAGCAAUAUUAACAAGUCCCUUACAACUCUUGGGCUGGUUAUUUCUGCGCUAGCAGAUCAGGCUGCUGGCAAGAACAAGAACAAAUUUGUUCCAUAUCGUGAUUCCGUGCUGACUUGGUUACUUAAAGAUAGCCUUGGUGGUAACAGCAAGACUGCCAUGGUGGCAACAGUCAGCCCAGCAGCAGAUAACUAUGAUGAGACCCUUUCCACGUUGAGGUACGCGGAUCGGGCCAAGAACAUAGUUAACCAUGCCGUGGUGAAUGAAGAUCCUAAUGCCCGCAUCAUCCGAGAACUCCGAGAGGAGGUGGAGAAGCUCCGAGAACAGCUCACCAAAGCCGAGGCUUUGAAAUCACCAGAAUUAAAGGAACAGUUGGUGGAGUCCGAGAAAUUGAUCCAGGAAAUGACUGUCACCUGGGAAGAGAAAUUAAGAAAAACGGAGGAGAUAGCACAGGAGCGGCAGAAACAACUGGAGAGUCUUGGCAUAUCUCUUCAGUCUUCUGGAAUCAAAGUUGGUGACAACAAGUGCUUCCUUGUUAAUUUAAAUGCAGAUCCUGCUCUCAAUGAACUUCUGGUGUACUACUUAAAGGAGCAUACAUUAAUAGGGUCAGAUGACUCCCAAGAUAUCCAGUUAUGUGGAAUGGGAAUUCUUCCUGAACAUUGUAUUAUAGAAAUAACCUCCGAAGGACAGGUUAUGCUAACGCCUAAGCAAAAUACUAGAACAUGUGUAAAUGGUUCCACUGUUAUGGGUCCUACGCAGCUACACCAUGGAGACCGAAUACUGUGGGGAAACAACCACUUCUUCAGGUUGAGUUUGCCAAAAAAGAAAAAGAAAGUAGAGCACGAGGAGGAAGAACAAGACAACACUAUGGGCUGCAGCAACAGUGUUGAGCAACUUGAUGCUGAUGGAGACAAUUCCAGUGAAGUGUCCAGUGAAAUGAACUUCAGCUAUGAGUAUGCCCAAAUGGAAGUCACUAUGAAGGCACUCAGUAGCAAUGACCCGAUGCAGUCAAUCUUGCACAGCCUGGAGGAAAAGCAUGAAGAGGAGAAGCGAUCCGCACUGGAGCAGCAGCGAUUGAUGUACGAGCAUGAGCUAGAGCAGUUGCGACGGCGGCUGUCUCCAGAGAAACAACACCUCCGGAGCAUGGACAGGUUCCCUUUCCACUCACCCAAUGCCCAGCAGCGCUUACGCCAGUGGGCAGAAGAGAGAGAAGAAAUGUUGAACCACAGCCUGAGGAAGCUGAGGGAGCAAAUUGUUAAAGCUAAUUUGUUCGUGAGAGAAGCCAGUUUCAUCGCAGAGGAAAUGGACAAGAAGACAGAGUAUAAGGUCACUCUGCAGAUCCCAGCUUCGAGCCUUAAUGCUAACAGAAAGCGAGGGGCAGCUCUUAGUGAGCCUGCUAUUCAGGUGAGGAGGAAAGGGAAAGGCAAGCAGAUCUGGUCACUGGAGAAAUUGGAAAACCGGCUGAUAGACAUGAGGGAUCUUUAUCAAGAGUGGAAGAACUGCAAUGAAGACAGCCCAGUAUCUAGGUCUUACUUCAAGCGAGCUGAUCCAUUCUAUGAUGAACAAGAAAACCACAGCCUCAUUGGAGUGGCCAACGUCUUUCUGGAGUCUCUGUUUUAUGAUGUGAAGCUGCAAUAUGCUGUCCCGAUCAUCAAUCAGAAGGGAGAGGUGUCAGGUCGUCUUCAUGUCGAAGUGGUGCGAGUGAGUGGAGCAAUUGGGGAGCGAAUCGUAGGAGGUGAUGAUAGCACAGACAGUUCAAGAGAGAAUGAUAUACAGGAGAACAAAGUUGUUUGUAUGAUUAAAAUACUUCAGGCUACAGGUUUGCCUCAGCAUCUUUCCAACUUUGUGUUCUGCAAAUACACCUUCUGGGAUCAACUGGACCCCGUUACGGUUGCCCCUGAGAUGGACCCCUCUUUAUCUCCCAUCAGCAAGGAGCCACAGUGCAUGGUUGUCUUCGACCACUGCAACGAGUUUUCUGUAAAUAUUUCUGAAGACUUCAUGGAACAUCUGUACGAAGGUGCUUUGGCAAUUGAAGUGUAUGGACACAAGCAAAGCGAUCCUCGCAAAAACUCAGCUCUAUGGGAUUUGGGAAUCAUUCAAGCCAAAACACGAAGCCUCCGUGACAGGUGGAGUGAGGUAACCCGAAAAGUCGAGCUCUGGCUUCAGAUUCUGGAACUUAAUGAGAAUGGGGAGUUCUAUCCAGUUGAGGUGGUUCCUGCCAAGGAUGUAAACACUGGUGGCAUCUUUCAACUCAGACAGGGGCAGUCACGGCGAAUUCAGGUCGAAGUGAAGACUGUGCAGGAGUCCGGCACCUUGCCUCUAAUGGAAGAAUCCAUACUCUCUGUUGGCGUUGGCUGUGUACAAAUAAGACACAUCAAGUCACAAAAAGCUCAUGAGGCUCAUCAGGACGAAGUAGAUGAUAUGGACAGUUAUCAGGACAGGGAUUUGGAGAGACUUCGUAGGAAAUGGCUGAGUGUAUUGACGAAACGUCAGGAAUAUCUAGAUCAACAGCUGCAAAAGCUUGUCAGCAAACCUGAUAAAACAGAAGAUGAUGCAGAUCGGGAGGCGCAGCUGUUGGAGAUGAGGCUCACUCUUACAGAAGAAAGGAAUGCUGUGAUGGUUCCUUCUGCUGGCAGUGGGAUUCCUGGAGCGCCAGCAGAGUGGACUCCAGUGCCUGGUAUGGAAACGCAUAUUCCAGUUGUUUUCCUUGACUUGAACGCGGAUGACUUUAGCUCUCAAGAUAACCUUGAUGACCCAGAACCUGGUGGAUGGGAUGCUACUCUCACUGGGGAAGAGGAAGAUGAAUUCUUUGAAUUGCAGAUUGUGAAACACCAUGAGAGUGAGGUGAAAGUAGAAGCCUCCUGGGAUUCCACAGUCCAUAACUGCAUUCAGCUCAGCAAAGGAACAGCAACAGAUGAAAGAGUUUUCCUUAUUGUGAGAGUCACUGUCCAGCUCAGCCAUCCUGCCGAAAUGCAGCUGGUGCUGCGCAAACGCAUCUGCGUUAAUGUCUAUGGGAAACAGAGUUUUGCACAGAGCUUCCUGAAAAGAAUGUCUCACCGAAGUUCCAUUCCUGGCUGCGGAGUCACCUGUGAGAUCGUCUCUAAUAUUCCAGAGGAUACUCAGGGAGCUGAGGAGCGGGAAGCGCUAGCAAGGAUGGCCGCUAACGCUGAAAACGCAGCUUCGGCGGACUCGGAAGCAUACAUUGAAAAGUACCUGCGGAGUGUUCUAGCAGUGGAGAAUAUUCUCACCCUCGAUCGUAUUCGCCAGGAGGUUGCAGUCAAAGAGCAGUUAACGGGGAAAGGAAAACUGAACAGGAGGAGUCUCAGCUCUCCCAACGUCAAUCGGACAUCUGGAAGCCGUCAAGAUUUAGCUCCCGUGUACAGCCUUGGAAGUCACAAGGGUCGAUGGGAGAGCCAGCAAGAUGUAUCCCAAAUUUCAACACAUUCUGGUAGUGGGACAGCCCCAUCUCGUACAUCUUCAGCAGGCUCUGCUCAGCAAAACCAUUCUAAUGAUCCAGGACUCAGUAGCCUGGCUGCCUCUUACCUGACUCCAGUAAAAUCCUUUGUGCCUCAGAUGCCAAAGCUGCUUAAGUCUCUCUUUCCUGCUAGAGAGGAGAAAAAGGGCAGGCAGACCUCUCCUCUUGCCCAGCAGCCUGUCCCACGCAUUAUGGUUCAGUCGGCCAGUAUUGAUGCCAGUGCUGCAAAGAUAAAACAGAUUCCCCAAGAAGGGGGGAAGGAACAGUUUGAGGUGGCGGCGCAAUCGAAAGAGGCGGAAAGGAACCAAGAAAAGAUUCCCAAAGUGCCUUCACAGCAGCACCCCGCAGACAUUCAAGCACAGGACUCCCAGGAGGGCCCUCCAAGUCCCCUGAGCGAAGCCUCGAGCGGUUACUUCUCUCACAGCGUUUCAACGGCCACCCUUUCUGACGCUCUCGCAGCAGGGAACGACUUGAUAGCUCCGACAGGUGGUCAAACAGCUACCACGAGCCACAUCUCCCCACCCACCUCGGCUGUUCCGGUACCUUCCGACAUUUCAGUGCCGAUGGACCGUGCUUCGGAGGGCUGCCCUGCCCUUCUGAGAGAGAAUCUAGCUGCUUCUGACCUUCUCACGGCCAACGAGAGAGCCAAGGACAACAGCGGCCUAAACGCUACUGACCAUCUAAAGUCAAAGCCCUGGGUCUCCCCUGUGACUCGGCGUGAGGAACUAGAUGCUGCCUCUGUAGCUGUUGAUGCAAAAAGCAACGUUUCUACCUCCACUCCAAAGAAGGAGCUGCUGACCAAACACCUAAUGGCUUCAACAACGGGGGAGUCCAUGGGACAAGCUACCAAGAAGGACCACACACAGCCCACCUUUACUCCAGAAUCGAGAGCUUCCAAACCUCAGCUUCCGCCCGAUCUCUCAUCCCAGCCCAGUGCUACUGUCUCUCCGUUCAAAAUCCAAAAAGUCAGGACGUCGGAGCUCAAGUCUUUUACGUGCAUGCUGGGGGGAGAGUCCGGGUGCUCUUCCAACACAGAGGAAGAGAAGGAGAGAGAAAAGACUGCCCAAGGGUUAAGCCAGAAUGGUGCAAAUACAGCUGAUGAAAAACUGGAAGUGACUUCUGAUUCUGAAGAUGCCAAUGAAAUCCCAGACUGGCUAAAAGAGGGGGAAUAUGUUACUGUCGGCCCAAAUAAGACUGGCACGAUUAGAUACAUUGGCCCAACUGACUUUCAAGAGGGAAUGUGGGUUGGUGUGGAGUUGGAUUUGCCUUCAGGUAAGAACGAUGGCUCCAUUGGGGGAAGGCAGUACUUCAAAUGCAACCCAGGCUAUGGGCUCCUGGUGAAACCAAACCGGGUGAAGAAAGCCCCAGGCGUAGCCAGACGACGGAGCACGGGACUUAAGUUGCAACCCAGCCUCCCACCUGGCCUCACUGACAGCCCUAGCCAAAAUGGAAGGGUCUGCUCUCCGGCCUGAGAAGAUCCAGAAGAGUGCCGAGAACAGGAAAUCUUGGGCCAACUGAAGGAGGUGUACGCACCCCACAGCCUGGUUUGAAAGUAACUUGUGAAGCUAUCGCUGUGCUUGCAACGUUGAACCAACCUACUAAACUUGGAGUUCUGGCAAACACUAAAGGAGGCGGUUUGCUCUGCUUUUGUUGCUGAUAUGUUAAAUCUUUGCCUUGUCAUGGUGAUGGGUCUAUAUGGGGUAGGCUCCUGUCUUAUUGGGACACUUCGUGUGGUUUAUUUCAAAUAAUGACCGUUUUGGGAGGGGUUUAACGGUGCUGCUUUUAAGUCGUUCACGGAAUGAGGGGCUAGAGAAGUUAUUCAAAGUAGUGUGUGAGUUUCCAGCAGCUGCAAAAGAUUAACUGGAGCAAUUUCCCAACCGAUGACAUCUGUACCACUUGAAUGUGGUUGGCAGUUCUGUAAACAACACAAUGCAGCACGCACGGCUCCAUCCUUUUGGAAGAGCUGUGUGUGUAUUGGACAGUAGUGAGAAACGGAUACAGUCUUAAGGUUGAGACGGAAGCAGAACAAAAAUAAUUAGCUUGGUUACAUGACCUGAAACCAGUGCCUAUGCUGAAUAAUGUUCUAGUGUCUUCCUACUCUUCUUGCAAUCACUGGGAUUCUAUCCUAUUGGGGCUUUUGAUCCCUGUUUUUAAGAGCAUAUCCAAAUUUAGUAAAUCACUACUGUGUGAUCUAUUUAGUGGAUUAUUUUAACAGGGGACAGAAUCCGUUCUCCUGUCAUCUGUGCCCUGGAGACGCUGUGGAAUAUUGCUCCCAGUGUAUCUUCAGUUUGUCUUCAGGAUUUUUUAUAAGAUAUCACUAAAGUGCUCUAGUAUUUCUUAUAACAGCUUUUUCCAGCUCUGUCUGUGCUGCCUGUGAGUGACACACUCACAAAGAGAGACCUGAGUACCAUGUGUAGCCUUCACUGGCGCUUGUCUUUUACCCAAUUUCGUAACGUGAAGGCUUGUUGUUCCCAUACAGAAUGAUCCGGUCGUAUUUAUUUUUAUUUAUUGUUUUAAAAAAAUACAAAAUGCUUGCGCUUCACAAUCGCCCACUGCCUGCAUUGCACAGCGACACUCUAUGUAGCGCCUUACUGAAUAGCCUCCCAUUGGGAAGAGCUCCUGCCUCGCCAGCAAAUCCCUCCUGAGAUUGCUCCUAAAAUCACUUUAUUGGAACUGUUGCACGUUGUUCCUCAAAACUAAUGUUUUUGGGAGAGGGGGAGAGCUGGGCUGGUUUUUGCUGUUUUUAAACUUGAUUUUAUUUUUGGUGACUUUGACUAGUUUUUAAUUUCCUGUGGCAUAUAUAGAUAUUUUCUAACGAAUAAUGUAAAGAAAAAAUCAGAGUUCAUUGUACAGUAUAUACUGAGCUUUCUUAUACCUUGUUUAGUAAACAUUGAGGCACUGAAUUUUGAGCAGUGGAUGUUUAUGAUCUAUGUGAAGAACAUACAGGAUGCUAAAUUAAUGGUUACAACUUAAUAUGUAGCCAGCCUCUGUCCAUGCUGCACAGAUGUGUCUAAGUGCCUUAACCAUCUGGUUCAGGUAUCCAAGGGAAAGCUACAUUAUCAUCAAAGUAAACUUUAAAGGAGGUAGGGACGCUUAGUGAAGGAGAUAAUUAUGCUGAUUGACUGUGAUUAAUAUCAAUUUAUGCAGAAGGAAUAAAAAUUAAAAUAGAAACUAAUCAGUAGUUGGAAUAAAAUUUGGAAUGGGUUGGAAUACAGCAUUCUACAGUCUGCCAAGCAUUAGUGCAUUCCUAUCAGCCUUAUAGAGAGCUGCUGUUUUCUAAGCCUUCAUAAAACAAUUGAAGUGUACAAGCAGCUUUUUAAUAUUUUCAUAAAUGAACAUAUUUCCUCCUCUUCCCCUGUCCAGACCUGCAGUACAGGCUAGAGGAGAGAGAUUUGCCAUCCACUAGACUGGUGUUGGAACGCUUGUAUUUCUCUUCUUUCAAGCUGGAAAAUAUGGAGAAAUUAGCAACAAAGGCUGGGGAAGCAUAAUCCUGAAUUGAAUUCUGGGAAGAAACUGUUUUUUCAUAAAUAUGCUACCUGCAACAACAACAGAAUUUAUUUUAUUAAGCAGUUUUAUGAUACUCUGCAAUGAGAUACUAUACACUCACCAGUGUAACUUCUCCUAAGACUUCCUGGCAUUAUAAAAGUUCUCCAACAUCCUUUUUUUUCCCCAAACAAGCUUUACUUCUGUUCUUCUAAUACGGAUCCAGAUGGCUGGCUAAUGUGAAGCAUCCUCUCGACUUAGCUUUUAAUCGUCUCAUCAUUUCACGUAUUGAAUUGGAGAAUAUCCUAACUUGCGCUUUUUAUUGGUUUCUGAUUUGGAGCAUCCCAUGUUGUGAACAGUAGAGCCAUGUUUUCUAUUAGUCCUCAUGCUCCCCUCCCUUUCUCUCUAGCAUGAUCAUGUGUUAACUGACAUGGGCUGUCUUUGUUGAAUAACUGAUCUUUGUAGAUUUGAUCCAAUGCUUUUACUAGCAUUUGGGGACCAAGCAAAGGGGAGCUGGAUAGGUAUGUAUUUAUUUGAUCUAGUAUGUGUUCCUUUUUGGCCAUGUUCACGUUGAGAUCCUGAUUGUGGAAACACUUCUGCAGCUUGUGACUCACCCACUGAAGUGUUUGGAGAUUGAGGGGCUAGGGUAGGUAUUGCCACUCACUGGAACAUUGGCCUGGAUACCCUAACUUCUAUGAACAGGGUGUUUUCCCUAUUUGUGUUGUAAAACAUACCACAGAAUCUCAACAAAAGGUCUAGUAGACUAACAAAACAUGUAGCUGUUAUCAUGAGCUUUCGUGGGCACAGCCCACUUCUUCAGAUGACCGGAGUUUUGAGUUUAGGAUGUGCAGACCCAAAAUAAAUAGG